AUGGAACCCGAGGGAUCCGACCACGAUGAAUACGAGGUGCCGAACAAUGGCCUGUCCCGACGUGCGUGCGAUCAGUGUCGUACCCGAAAAAUCCGUUGUGAUAAACGCUCGCCAUGUUCAAAUUGCCGCAGUUCAAAAGUUGUAUGUCGGUCUACCGGCGAGGGUCAAAAGCCACAGCAACAGAGAAGGCGAGUGCUUAUUUCCAGUCAAUAUGAGAAGAAGAUAGACUUGAUGGAAGAGCGACUGGGAAACAUCGAAAAGGCUCUGCAAGAAUUGGUCACCGUUUCCCGAUUGAAUGGGGCCAGGCCACCGAAUUCCUAUGGAUCAUCUCAGCCCUCGCCUUUACUGCGUGUUAAAGUUGAUUCUCCAGCGACAAAAUCCGAUCAGGCCAACCUCAAGGGUCCUGGUUAUACAUCUAACCCUGCUAUUGAGCAACAUGAUCCGAGUUCUGGUUUCGAGGGGAAUUCCUCACUUGCUGCACACUCGGCCUAUGCAAGAGAGUUUCUGGAAUCUGCUUUUUCGCAUAGUACGCCGGAAGUCCUAUCCAGUCCGAAAAUCAACGAGGCACUUUCCUCACUACGACAGAUUGUUGAGAUGCAAAAUAAGCAACGAGAGAUUGACCCCCAACGGGCUCAGUUUCCAGAUCAAGAGAACAGGUUAGGUGCCCGUUUUGAUGUUCGCCAGCUAGAGCUACCACCGCUGUCUGCUGUGUUGAUAGUUCUCAGAAAUUUAAAAGAACAUCCAACAUCGUCAUUCAGUGGCUAUAUUCCAUUCUUCGAGAUAGAUUAUUUUAUCGAAAAAUGCCGAGACGUCUACUUUUCCACCGAUGAUUAUUCUGAUGCAGCCUUUAUUGCUGCCACAUUUGGACUCUACAGCAUCUUUAUUGAGUUAUCAUUCUCUGAGAAAGAACCAGCCACUCGGAAUGAGUACAAUCAAUAUGUGCAGAUGUGCAAGGACGGCCUGGAGGCAGCGCUGGCAAACUUGAACAUCUUAAUGCCUGCAACACAUGAAUAUAUCGUGGCAUUAUCUCUCGGGGCGCUUCAUGGAGUUGAGAUUUCAAAGCCCUCGCUUAGUUGGACACUUGCUUCAACUGCUAUGCAUAUGUGUCAAACAUUAGGCUAUCAUCGCAUAUCGUCCAUGGAGCAUGAUCCCCCGUCAGUCCAGAAAGAAAAGCAAUGUCUCUUUUGGUCUGUGUACACAAUAUUAAAUUUGAUGUCUUUGCGACUUGGGCGUGCUUCUGUGAUCCAAGACUUCGACAUCGCGCUGCCCUCACCGUUUGAGACCUUCCCAUGCAAUGAUAUCUGGGGCCACAUAUGUGCCUUGUGGACCACACAGGCUAUGAUACAGAACAAAGUGUACACAACUUUGUACAGCCCUGCAGCUCUGAAUCAGCCCGAAAGUGUGAGAGUAUCUCAUGCGCGCAGUCUAGCCGCUGAGAUGAAAUCCACCAUCAUCGAGCCAUUUGAACGUAUGAUGUCCUCGGACCAAAGACUUUGCGAAGUAGAUAUCUUAUACCUUCAGUGCGACAAGGUCAGUCGUCUAUCAAUGUUAACAUUGAUAUACCGUGCGAUUCCUGCACCAGCCGGAACUGGCUCGUCUAGCACAUUCAUACCUGAAUGUGUUGAGACAGCUCGAGCUGCACUUGAGCAUCACCAAAUGUGCUUUGGUACUAUAGGAGAGAAUAAUAAGAUCAUGCAACGCUCUUAUAUGCAUUGGGCAAUUCUCGUCUCCCCCUUUGUCCCUUUCAUUGUCAUUUUCUGCCAUGUAAUCGCAACGUCCGACAAAAAAGAUCUCACUCUCCUAGAAGAUUUCAUCGCCUCCCUCCACACUCUAUGCUCAAUCUCCCAAUCUGUCGAUCGGCUUCACAACAUUUGUUCUGUCUUUGGCACUGUCGCAAGACUAUAUGUCGAAGCCAAAACCCGAAAUAAGGCUGGAGAAGAUUCAGGUCUUGCUUCGGUCGGACAGGAGUUUGACGUUUACCUUAGCGCCCUGGGACUAGCGCCUAGUAACGCGAUCACUAGUGGCCAAGGUUACUUUCAGCCUGAUGCCAUGCUAGCCACUCAUGUUGGAGUCCCGGAGUCUGCGACACAUAUGACUGAGGUAGCUGGGCCACUUAUGCAACCCCAAGGCCAGAGUCAAGAGACCAUGUCUGAAGCUGAGAUGAUGCAGGCGACGCAGUUGGGGAACUGGUUCUCUGGGAAUCAGUAUAUGAUGGGGCUUUUGGAGGAGGAUUUAGUUCAGUUCAAUCCAAAUAUCUGA